AUGGUGGCCUCUUCCACGAGCCUGUCCCGGCGGCAGCUGCUCGGCGUAAUCCUAUUGCUCAUCCUGCCUAGCGCAUCCGUAGUAGUAGUGCAAGCGGAACCGAUCUUGAAGACCCGCACGACUGAGUUCACCCGGUUUAACGAUGUGGUCGAGUAUCUUAGCUCGACGUCAUACAACGCCCGCGGCAUGGCACCGCUUUACGAAAUUACCAAUCAAGUGAUCGAUCUGUUCGUCGACGAAAAUCCCAUUCCGGAUGGUUAUAUCACCGUCCAAGAAGGCUCAAUCAAAGAAGGACCAAACGUUACGGACAACAACUGGGGUCCACUAUUGAAGCAGUACUGGGAGAUCCUGCUGGUGGCAGCGCUGUGCAUCGUAAUGAUUGCGAUCAUGCCCAUCAUUGGCCUCUGUCUGUGUUGCUGCCGGUGCUUUGGCGGAUGUGGUGGUCGCUCGCAGCCAUUCGAUAAGAAACAUGACACCUGCCGCCGGGCAGUUUUGGGUUUCCUGUUGAUCUGUUCGACCUCGGCUUUGGUAUUUGGAGUGGUGGUGGCGUUUGUGACCAACAGCUACAUGCAACAUGGUGUGGAAAACAUUACCACUUCCGCCCGGCAUGGAGUGCGUGACUCUCGGCUCUACCUUCAGACCACCUCGGCUCACAUCGACCAUGUGCUGAAUAAGAACUACCAAGAGCUUAACAACGAUCUGAAGCAGAUGCUAAAUGAUGCGUCCGACAACAUCAUCAAGCAGCUGGAAGAGGAGUCGAAGGCGGAAAAGCUGACCACACUGUACGAAUUCGUAGAGAAACUACCUGGAAUUCGGAGUAGCCUGGAGAAGAUGAAACAACUUACUAGCGAGUUACGGAUCACCGCGUCUCAGCUGAACGAUGGACUUCGGGGCGUCAAAAGAGAACUGCUCACAUCGCUUAACAAAUGUGGCACCCCUGAGUGUAACAAAGUUAUGGACGAUUACAAGAUUGGAAAAUUGAAUGUAAAUGGAAUCGACUACAAUUCGAUACAAGACAGAUACUUCCCGAGGUUGCCUGAUUUAACUCAGAUCAUCGAAAACGUAAAGCAGCUUACCGACAGCAGCCUGGGUAGUGCUAUCCAGAGUGGCGUCGAUCAAAUGACCCAGCUGAAGGGUACGCUCAAACAGACUGUCCUGGAGAAUAUUCCGAAAGUGCAGGCCGCCUCGGAUUCAACAGGAAAAGCCAUCAAGGAAGUGUCGAACAUGCUCACUUCGCGGUUGAACAAUGUAGCUGAUACCUUGGGCAAUAAUUCGUACAAGCAUCUGGAUACCGCUGACGAUUACAUAACUCAGUACAGCAUUUACCGAUACUACGCCGGACUCGCUAUCAGCUCGGUACUGCUGUUGAUUCUAAUCUGUCUGGUGUUUGGAUUGCUAUGUGGAAUUUGCGGAAAACGUCCAGAUGGUUACGGAGAUGAUUGUUGCAAUAAGGGAGCUGGUGGACGGUUUUUGAUAUUCGCGGUUGCCAUCAUCUUCCUUACCUUCUCCGUGAUUCUGGCCGUUGCGUUGGCCUCUUUCCUAGUGGGUAGUCUAACCCGACGAGCGGCAUGUGACUCGCUUAAUAACCCGGACGAUGAUCAGAUCAUUGGCUAUAUCGAUAAGUUCGUGGACUUGAAUCGCCUUUAUGCAGAUUUGCGCGCGCAAGCGGAACGUUCUAGAUCUAGGCUGCAGGUCAGCGAGAAAAUGGCCGAGAUUCACAUUAGCGAGGUUAUUGUAGCUUGUCAGCAAAACGAAUCGAUCUACAAGGUGCUGAAAUUGGAUAACUUUGUUAACAUUCGUACGAUACGUGAUUUCCCUGAACACUACGGCAUCACACGAGAACUGGAAGCGCUAAAGAAUAAGAUAAAAAUCGACACGGUGCAUAUUCUUACUCCCGAAGCUACGGAAGAUAUAAAAGCAUUGCAGGCCUCGAAAUUGAAUGAUUUCGAUGUGGAUAAGUUCACGGACAAUCUGACUUAUAACAUCACUGAGUACAACUUAAACGAAAUAGCUGAAAAACUGCGUGAAGUGGCCAACCGUGUUCCACCCGGAAAAGAAAUGAACGAUAUUAAAGUGAACCUUAAAAACCAAGCACUUCACUUAUCGUCCUAUCAGACCAAUCUAGUCGACCCGAUGAUUGCAUCGACGAAUGAACUUAUCAAGCUUUCCACCACACUCGAUACGAGCUUGAAGUUUGGAGAAAGAUCCUUCUCUGAUGCCAUCGAUAAAUUUUUGACUCAAAUCAAAGAAGCCGAGGAGUAUAUCAACAAGAAUGGAAAAGCUUUCGUGCAGAACAUCACUGAGGAGCUGGUAACUGGCUUCAUGAACCAAAUAUUCGCCUACAUAAACUUGGUGAUCGAUGCCACUGAGAAUGAUAUCGGAUUGUGUGGACCGGUGUAUAACGUUUACCAAUCAGUGAUUGUCGCCUCCUGCAACCGUAUCGUUGAUCCAUUCAACGGAUUCUGGGCUGGUGUUGUCUGGUGUCUGAUCCUGUUCCUACCAUCGAUUAUAUUCGGAGUGAAGCUGUCAACAUUAUACCAAAAGUCGGAUCCAUAUCCAGGACCGAUGGUAGAAUCUGAGUAUCUGUAUGACGCCUACACCGAGCGUGAUAACAUUCCUCUUGCGAGUGGGCCAAAAAACAAACGCCGUAAGAAGCAAGAUCGUCGCCGAGAGUCCCGCGAUCGUCGCGAUAUUUACUACGAAGAAGGCAGUCCUUCGCAUAGCCGCGAUCCCAGAUACAAUGAUAUGGCUCCGAAUGUAGAGUCACAGAUCCCUUCAAUACUAACCCAUAGCGGCGACGAACCGGUGGCAUCCUCGCCGUCCCCGGUACUACUAACAGCCUCCCAUCACCACCAUCACCGUCACAAUCUCCACCAGCGUCACCACUCUACUCCCUUGCCAAUGUCACUGCCAAUGUCGAUCCUAGCGUCGCAAGAAUCGCUGGAACGCGAACCGGAAGCGUUCUUCCACGAGAACGAUGGUCCCACGCCAACAGGUGGGAGAACUCGAACGUCGUCACCGGCGACCCGGUCCUCCUUUCAGCCCACGCAGCCACCCGCGAACGUUUCGCCGAACCGAAUGCUCAGCCGUUUGUUCAGCAAAAGUUUCUUUGACGAUUUCCAAACGGCACUGAAACAGGACGAACCCGCACCGAGCGGUGGGUCGUCCGAUCUGCUAACGGUGACGGGGUACGAUCGGCGAACUCACCAUCACCAUUUGUACCUUCCUUCAAUGCUUCAGCAACACCAGCCGGCGCAUCAACACUCGCACCAUCAGCAUGCGCCACGCAAUAGCAAUGUAAGCCGCAGCAAUAGCAGUAGCGUCGGUUCGGUGCGAUCGAUGGCGCUGGUACCAACGCGGACUCCUUCACCUUUGGAGUUCCGCACCAUGUCCUUCCGCCGGCCGCGCUCGCUGGCCAGCGAGGAAAGCGGAGGAAAACAGUCCACAACGCGCACGGACAGUGGCUACGAGAAAUACUAA